CGUACUGCCUACCUACAGCCUACGACACAAGUGGGCUUAAACUACGAGUCAUAAAUCUCACAAGCUCUUGUGGCCAGGCAGACGGAUCCGAUGGUGAUCGGCGGAAUGGAUGCUGGUCGUGUCGCAGCAUACUUCGGGGGCAAGAACAUCCUCAUCACCGGAUCAACUGAAAGGACAAUCGACUCUGUAAUCCUGGGUUACGCCAAGCAGGCCUUGAAAUUCUUUCUAGUAGACCCCGAUGCCAUAAUGGACGUGAUUCCGGGGGACAUGGUGGUGAACUCUAUGAUGGUAGCCAUGGCGGCGCACACAGAGGAACAGGUGCAGACCAUCUACCACUUGACGUCGUCCCUGAGCAACCCGACGUCUUACAUCACUCUCCAGGAGUCAGGCCACCGCUACUUCAAGGACAAUCCGCCCCGAGGGGAGAACGGCGAGCCCGUCCGGCUGAACAAUAUGCGCUUCUUCAGCACGGUCGCCAGGCUCCGCGCGUACAUGGUCAUCAAGUACAAGCUCCCUCUUGAGGUCCUCCACCUGGUGAACGUGACGCUCUGUGGCCUUUUCUCGCGGCGCUACAAUGAGCUCAACGGAAAAUACAGACUGGCUAUGCAUCUGAUUGAGCUCUAUGCGCCUUACACCUUAUUCAAAGGACGGUAAGCAUCAUAUUGGCCACAAUGAGACGAAACGUAUUGCCUUUCUAAACUUCGUUCUCCCCGAGUCGAUAUUCUCGAUGUUGUGAAGCUUUGAUGACAUGAACCUUGAGAAGCUGAGGAAAGCGAUGGAGAGUAAUAAAGAUGGAGGAGAAUACAACUUUUAUUUCGAUCUCAGGAGAAUCGACUGGGACGACUAUUUCCACAGGGUCCACUUUCCUGGCGUCCUCAAGUAUCUGGCGUGACUUGAGUUACAUCCAACCAACUAAAUAAAUGCUACCUUUGAUCGCACUGUUGCAAAGCUCUCAUGGAUGUGUUUUACCUUCGCUGCUGUAGUUGUGUAUGUUCCAUAUAUCUAUCUAUGAUGCGGCAUUAAUAAAGCUCUGAACGUAUAAAGGA